AUGUCUCAGCAGAGCAACACAAAAGACAUUUGGCUUAGGUUGACGAGCAGUAAAUCUGGAAUGCCUGAUCAAGAGCAUCGGCAAGCGCUACAGACUGGUCGAGACAGUGUCGCCGCUGGCAACCCUUUCGCUGGGGAACCACGAACAAGCGAUGCGUUGCAGACCAGUAGCCAGCCACUUCGGAAAGCUCGCGGGGCUUCGCACCCCCCCCAGGCGAAACCCGAAGCGCCGACUAAGCGCCCCACCCCCUCUCACGCUUCUACCCCACCCGACUCGCUCCAGCCUGGGAAGAUGUGCUGCGUUCCCAGCAUCGAAUCCCAUGCUUCUUCGAAGCGCUCUGAAGACUCGGAAAAACCUCAGCAUGAGCACGGAUCCACCCCUACCGAAGACGAGGAUGAUAACGACGGAAAUGAUACAUGCCCGCUGCUAUACUUCUACGAGAACUUGUAUAAACUGAGAGAGUUGGAUGCACUGCCUCAGAACAAGAGCAUGGAUGAUUAG